CUACACUAGUGGUUAUCCAUUUCUGCAGGCUGAAGCAAACUCUUAUAAGCAAACAUAUAUAUCUAGGGUUUAAACAGUUGGGGAGCGGGAAUUCUAACACUACAUUUGACAGGGAAAAUGGAGACGUCACUUCGUUAUGGCGUGGAUUCCAAGAGUCUAUUGAUUCAUGCUAAGGAGAAAUUCCCCCUCAACUCCCUCACCCACUUGCAGGGUCAUGCAGAACUAGACACCAGAAUUGGAGCUCCAACUUAUCUGAGUGGAAUGAUAAGGCGAUACUUUCCUGAUCAAUACGCCAGCCUCGCUGUUGGAGUGCAGUAUUAUAGGCGUCAAAAGCUCUGGUAUAAUAUUCGUGGUAAAAAGGCAUUUCCAGUGACUGCAGAUGAGCGGUCACUACACUUUCAUAUCAAGGGCAAGUACGAUGUGGAUGAGAAACUUCUGGAGAAAAAAUCAAGAGUUGCUGCUGAAUUUACUUGGAACAUCAUGAAUGUGAAAAAAGACCAAGAUGUGAGGCUCAAAGUUGGAUAUGAAGUCAUUGAAAAGGUUCCUUACUUUCAGAUCAGAGAAAACAACUGGACACUCAAUGUCAACAAUAGUGGGAAAUGGAAAGUGAGAUAUGACUUAUGAUACUAGUGAUGGACAUGUAACUUGUUUCACUGAGAGGGUUAUAAUAAAACAACAACAACAUACACAGUAUUAUCCCACACUGUGAUAAUGCAAGAAAGUAGAAAAUCAUCACAAUUCAUCCUUUUGACAUGGUAUCAUUGCAAAAAGGCAUUACCUUAUAGGAUUUGCUUUUGAGUAUUGUCUCCAGAGAUAGUUACCCAAUUCAAUUCAAAGUUAGAUUUCCCAUGCGCACUUUAGAGACGUUGGCUCGAAUAGUGUGAAGUUGAAGCUGAUAUGUAUGAGAUCAGGAACUAUGUUUCCGCACUUCAUUCUGUAGCUAAGUUUUAUUGUUAUUAUUAUUACUUAACAUCAAAUCUGCGUUUAGAGGUGCUUUAUUUUAGAAGUUCUUAUUUGUUUAAAUCAUUAGACAUCCUAUUGUCUUCUGUAAAGUAGUCAUAUCCACAGGUGAUAUUCAUUAGAAUCUCUUGUAUUCCACCUAUGGAAAUUGUCUCAAGUUGUAGUUUAACCA